UAAAACUUAUUUCACUUGUUCACGGAAGUAGUUAAAUAAAUAAUUAAUGAUGUAUGUAAAAAAACUCGGCAUAAUUAGACGGGAACUAAAAUUGCAUACAUUUUAAACAGGUCUACAUUGUGUGCCGUACAAUAUGUCAUUGACAGAAUAAUUAUGGGCAACAUUAAAGAAAUUGGUGUCGAAAAGUAAUCUUUAUCAUGAUGAAAUAAGGACUAAAGUCUCAGUUUAAUAUGUCUGGUAAGGUGAAGAAGUUGACCUGCAAAUACUGAAAUGUAUUCCCGAUAGCCAUACACUCAUUUAAAUCAGUGUUUAGUGGUUGCCUUUAAUCGUAAAAGGGUGUGUUAUUUAGAAAUUCACACCCAGUCAUAAUAUAUUUAGUAAAAUAGUAAUAAAUUUGAUUUCCUAUAUACAAAUUGAAUACUUAAGUAUACCACUCAUAAAUUAAAAAGUAGGCUCAAGCAAUGGCAGCCCACACAAUCAGUACAGCUGGAACAGUGAAUAAAGAUUUGGCCAACGAAAGAGCAAAGUGCAAUUUUAACAUCGAAGAAGUGACAAACUUACUUGAUGGCGGCAAGGAAAAUACUAUUAAAAGGAAAAAUAUAGAAAAUAUAUCACUGGAUUCAGGAGCACAUAUAGAUAAAAUCCCAGAAGAAUGUCUUGGUCCAAAGGAAAGAUAUGAAAAUGCUGUAAGGAAAUCUUGCGUUUAUGCCAAAAUUGUUAGAGACGAAGUGCUCACUAUGACUGGCAUGGAAAGCUUUGGGUCACCUGUACUGCGCCGCACUUCCGAUGCGUUUUUCAAGGAGAUAUCUCCGUUCCUGCUGCAUCUGGGCAUGUUCGUGCCCACCAUCAUGGGCCAGGCCACUCCGGAGCAGCAGGCCCAGUGGCUGCCCAGAGCUCUCAACAUGGAGAUACUUGGCACUUAUGCACAGACGGAAUUAGGUCACGGCACAUUCAUCAGAGGGCUGGAGACCACGGCGACGUAUGACCCUGAGACUGAGGAGUUCGUAUUCCACAGCCCCACGCUCACGGCUUACAAGUGGUGGGGAGGAGGCUUGGGAAAAACAGUUAACUACUGCAUUGUAGUAGCUCAACUGUACACCAAGGGUGUGUGCUACGGAACCCAUCCCUUCUUAGUCCAAAUCCGAGAUGAAGAAACCCAUAUGCCGUUGCCAGGCGUAUUCGUCGGCGAAGUGGGUCCAAGGAUGGGGUUCCAUACCGCUGACAACGGUUACUUAGGGUUUGACCACCACAGGGUACCGAGGAUGAAUAUGCUCAUGAAGAAUGCUCAAGUAUUAAAAGACGGCACAUACGUGAAGUCGGCCAAGCACGGCAAGCUGUCGUACGGCACGAUGGUGUUCGUGCGCGUGGAGCUCGUCUACGAGGUCGCCUUCAACCUCGCCAAGGCCGUCACCAUCGCCACCCGGUACUCCGCCGUCAGGAGGCAGUGCCAGCCGAGGCCUGAUCAACUAGAGCCUCAGAUCCUGGACUACGUGACGCAGCAGCACAAGCUGUUCAUCGGCAUCGCGACGGCGCACGCGCUGCAGUUCACCGGCUACUGGCUGUGGGACACCUUCGCCAGGGUCAUCGGCGAGAUGAAGGAGGGGAAGACUGAUACGCUGCCUGAGUUGCACGCCCUCGCGAGCUGCCUCAAAGCCGUCAGUACAUCCGACGCGGCUUCGCUCAUCGAGCAGUGCCGGUUCGCGUGCGGCGGCCACGGCUACAUGGCGUCCUCCAACCUUCCAGCUUUGUACACCUUUGUCACCGCCACCCGGACCUAUGAGGGGGACUACACCGUGCUGUUGUUGCAGACUGCCAGGUACCUCAUAAAAGCUUGGGAGCAAGCAGAGGAAGGUAAAGCUAUGACUCCAACGGUGUCUUACCUCGUCCACUCCGCAUAUAACCGAAAGGCAAAAUGGGACAAUAGCUGUGAAGGAAUCACCAGAGCGUUUUAUGCUGUUGCUGCAGGGAAAAUAGAAGCAAGUGUUAACAGCAUUAGGCGAAGAAUGAAGACUGGACUGUCUUUUGAGGAUGCCUGGGAGCUGACCACAGUUCAACUGGUUGCUGCUGCUGAGGCUCAUUGCCGUGCCGUGAUCAGCGACACCUACUGGAAGGAGACGGAGCGGAUGACGUCAUCAUCGUCGGCGAGUGUCCGCAGCGUCAUGCGACAGCUAAACGAGCUGUUCCUGGUAUACUGGGUCCUGGAGAGGACCGGGGACUUAAUGAUGUAUUCGACAAUAUCAGGCAAGGACGUGAUAGAGCUGCAGCAACGCUACGAGGAGUUGCUGUCGCUGCUGCGCCCCAACGCCGUGGGCCUGGUCGAGGCCUUCGACUUCCGGGACGAAAUUCUGAACUCCACCCUGGGUGCGUACGACGGGCGCGUGUACGAGCGGCUGAUGGAGGAGGCGCUGAAGAGCCCCCUCAACGCGGAGCCCGUCAACCAGAGCUUCCACCAGCACCUCAAGCCCUUCAUGCAGGGGAAACUGUAGACUU